AUGGAAGCGUUGAGUAAUUUACAAUUUAAUCUAGAGUCUACUAUCAGUAAAGCAAGGUCUAAUUUUAAGAAAUCACCUAAGGAGCGACUAACCAGUUCUUAUAUAGAAACUAGACUAGAAAAUUUAGAAGCUAACUGGUCAGCCUUUUUUGAAACUCAUAUGAAAAUUGUGUCAUCUGUUAAGUCUAUUGAUUAUGAAAAAUCUCAAUAUAACAUAAAAAACACUUAUGAGACUACGGAAGAAUUAUUUACUGAGUAUAAAACAGAGUUGAAGGAAGCAUUGAAAAAAAUUGUUCGUUCAGAUAGUUCAGCUAAAGUGCUUGAAUCUUCUGCGAAAGGUUCUAAAGAGAUAUGUUCUGUGAAAUUGCCUAAGAUUGAAUUGCCUAUGUUUACUGGAAGUGGUGAUAGUAACAAACCUGAUCAAGUUGCAGAAAGCAGUGUGUCUGCUGUUGCCACUUCAAACCAGAGUAAUUCCACUAAUAUUGUAAGUUGUUUUGCUAAUAGUCAUAGCCAAAUAUUAUUGGCUACUGCGCUGAUUGCAGUGGAAUCAAAGAGCGGUACUGCUAUAGUAUUAAGAUCUCUGUUAGACCAGGGAUCUCAGGCUUCCUUUGUGACGGAGUCCGCAGUCCAGCUCUUAGGUCUCAAAAGAAUACCAACUAAAGGUUCAAUUUCAGGUAUAGGUUGUGAUCAAGACCAAUCAACAAUUUCAUUAAAUUCGAUGGUUCUCAUUAAGGUAAAAUCACGCGUUGACCCUAGUUUUAUUAUCACGGUUAAGGCUUAUGUUUUAAAGAAAUUGACGACUAUUUUACCGGAAAGGAAAGUUAUGGCAAACGUUUUGACUACAAUCUCGUCUUUGACUUUAGCAGAUCCUUCGUUCGAUACUCCGAACAAGAUUGAUUUGCUUUUAGGUGCUGAAGUUUAUGGCCAGAUUUUGUUAGAAAGUUUAAUCAGAGGUUCACUUGGUCAACUCAUCGCACAAAAUACAAGACUAGGAUGGAUCUUGUCUGGUCAAGUAGGUGAAAUCAAUCAAAGCGAGACAUGCCACAAUACAGUCGUCACAUUGCAUUCUACUCUCACAGAUGAGAAUACACUCCUCAAACAAUUCUGGGAACUAGAAGCUGAACCCAAAGGCGUUAGCGACAAGGUCUACUUGACCCCAGAAGAACAAAGGUGUGAAGAAAUAUUUAAGAGCACGACCAAACGAGAUGAAUCUGGUCGCUAUAUUGUGCACAUGCCCUUCAGGUCAAGCGAUCCUGCUUGUAAAUAUGGUGGAUCAAAAGACAUUGCUCUUAAACGCUUUUUAACCUUAGAAAAGCGAUUUCUAAGGAAUCCAGAGUUCAAGGCUCAGUAUUCAGCUGUUAUCAAUGAAUAUAUAGCUCUUAAUCAUAUGGAUAUAGUACAAGAUAAGGAUAAAGAAGGUUGUGUGUACCUACCUCAUCAUGCCGUCAUCCGUAAUGAAAAAAGUACAACAAAGGUGCGCAUCGUGUUUGAUGCAUCAUGUGUAGGUAGCAACGGGGUAUCUCUUAAUCACGAUUUAAUGGUGGGUCCUCCUCUACAACCUGAACUUCGUCAUAUUAUCAUGCGGUGGCGUUGUGAACCUAUCUGUCUGGUCGCGGACAUCGUCAAGAUGUAUCGACAGAUUAGGGUGUGCAAUGAUCACACAGAUUUUCAGCGCAUAUUGUGGCGUGAGAAUCCAGAUGACGAAAUUCAGGUAUUACGUCAUUUGCGAGUAACGUUCGGAACAUCAUCGGCGCCUUACCUGGCGGUAAGAUCAUUGCAGCAGUUAGCUCAGGACGAAGGCGCUGAAUUUCCUUUAGCAAAGAACCGCGUUCUUUCAGACUUCUACAUGGAUGACCUUAUGACGGGCUGUCAAACCAUAGAGGAAGGUGUAGAGAUAUACAAGCAGAUAUCGGAGCUACUUAAACGUGGAGGGUUUCAGCUCCAAAAGUGGGCUAGUAAUAACAGGGAAUUAUAUAGAUUAAUUGAAGACGGUCAACAAAUACCACAAACACAAGGGAACAUGGAACUAAAAACGGAUGCAAUUUCAAAGAUAUUAGGUUUAACGUGGGACAAAGACAAUGAUGAGUUCGUUUAUACUAUUCAGCUUAAUGAGCUAGAUUUGCCAGUUACGAAGCGUAAGGUUAUUUCGGACAUAGCGCGACUAUUCGAUCCCUCGGAUGGUUAG